UCAAUAUUUUAUAUGUAGGUAUACUAGAAUAAAACAGACAAAAUCAUCAUUCACCUCUACAGAAUUAAUUUUGUUUUCAAAAUGCUUUGUCGGACCGACAUUAAAAGUUUUGUUAAAUGUAUAAAAACAAAAGUUUUAAAUUAAAGACAAUCAAGCUGUGAAAAGUUUAAAAAAAAAACAUUAAAAUGAGCGUGAACUUGAUAAAUUUGGAACAUGCAGAGCAGAAAAAGUUUCAAAAUAGAGUUCUUAUGUGGGAUGACAAAAUGUUGCCAUUGGCUAAGCUCGGAAACGAACAGGUUUGCAUUUUGAAGAAAUUAGAAAAGAAAAGCGACACGAAUGCAAAUACCCCAAAACAAGUGGAAAAGCAUAAGGUUGAUAAUGAGACUGAAGUAUGUCAAGCUGACUUUCUGAACUCGGCUCCAAUCGAAGCAACACCAGAGUUUCUGAGCUUAUUUGAAAAAUUUGAUGACAUGCAUCUCGGAAGUUCUAACAAUGUUUAUUCUGAAUUUUACAAUCAGAUGAGUAAUCGAAAAAAAGAAUGCAAUAUUUUGUAUGAACAUAUUGAAAAAAUUCAAGCCGAUCUAGACAUCCUUAUAAAGGAAUACGAAUUUGUAUAUGAAAAGACGUCAUUAAUGAAUACCGCUAGUGACAAGCUAAUUCAAGAUCAGAAUACAUUGAACGAGAUAACAUCUGAAAUACGAAUAAGGUUGAAACAUUUCAAUGAUGUUGAUACACUCAUUCAAAGAUUACAAAAUCCAACCUUCUCUGUUGCGAGUGACACCUUCACUGAAAUUAUUUCCAACAUUGAUGAGUCUGAAAAAUACAUAAGGAAUCAUUUAAAUUUUAAGGAAGCAUUAGCAUAUGAAGUGAAAUAUAAACAGUGUCGAUUAAAAGCCGUACAAAUGAUUAAGAACUACGUCAUUCAAAUUCUAGCAACUGCAACAGAUCAAGUGCUUAAUCCUAAAUUACAAUCGCAUCAGAAAGAAGAGCAAAACUCUCUUGAAAAAAAAUCUGAAACUUCAUUUGCAAUUUUUUAUGGUAAAUUUCAAGUAUCGUCCGUAAAGAUUCAGAAAAUAAUUCGAUUUGUUGAGGAUCGUUGCAAAAUGUAUUCAGCUUAUGAGGAUUUAUUAUCGGAAUUGCAUCAAUAUUUUUUGACACAACGUGUAAUAAUAAUGAGUUCAAGUGUUGAUGACACAAUUAAGAAUAUAUGCGUCAAAUACAAAGGUGAUCACUGUACUCUUGUUCGAUCUACAUGUACAUUCCUUAUACACAUUUGUCAAGACGAACAUCGCCUUUUUUAUCAAUUUUUUAGCGUUAAAAGUUCUCAAAUGUUAAGCUAUUUAGAAGGUCUUUGCAAUAUUUUGUAUGACAACGUUCGCCCUUUUAUCAUUCACAUAAACCAUUUGGAGACACUUGCUGAAAUCUGUGGAAUACUGAAAACAGAAAUGCUGCAUGAACAUGUUCAACAAAACUUUGAAGCUUUGGAAACAAUGGAAAAAGUAUUACAACAAUUACUGCAAGAUACACAAGAGCGACUUGUGUUCAGGGCUCAUUUGUAUUUGCAAUCAGAUAUACAACAAUAUCAUCCUUCACCUGGCGAUCUUGCUUAUCCUGAUAAAUUGGAAAUGAUGGAAAGUAUUGCAGUCGCGCUUCAGGACUCGAACCAGAUAGAUCGACUUGAUUCAAAAGCUCCAAGUCUUCCUGUUGACUCUGAACAACAAGCUGCAAUGCGUACUGGAAACAGCCCUGCAGAUAUGCAUGGGAUGUGGUACCCAACUGUACGACGAACACUUGUUUUUCUUUCUCGAUUGUACAGAUGUGUUGAUAGGCCCAUUUUCCAAUGUUUGAGUCAGGAAGCUCUUGCUUAUUGCAUCCAAAAUUUGUCAAGCGCAUCAAAUUCUAUAGCUGCAAAGAAAACAAACAUUGAUGGGAAACUCUUCGAAAUAAAACAUCUUCUCAUUCUUCGAGAACAGAUUGCUCCAUUUCGCGUUGAUUUUACAAUGAAACAAACGAGUUUAGAUUUUAGUAGAGUUAAGACUGCUGCUUUUGAACUACUGCAAAAACGAAAACAAUUAUUUUCUAUCAGUAGUAAUAAUGCUUUACUUGAAUUUUUCAUUGAUGGAGCUCCAGAAGUUAAAGAACAACUUUUGGAUUCAAGAAAAGAUGUUGAUCGCCAAUUAAAAAUUAGUUGCGAAUUUUUCAUAACAAAUGUAACAACAGAAGUUGUCGGUCCAGUUCUAUCGUUCAUUGAGAAUGCUGAAAAAUUCCUCAAACAGCAACCAUCAUCGCAACCACAAAUUGAGAGCAGUGGUAUCGAUUCUUUAAGAAAAUGUUCAUGGUCAGCACCUCAGCAAAUACAUUCAUACAUUCAGGAAGCACAAAGAAAUAUGAAAAAUAAACUUCCUGGUAUUCAACGAUCUAUGCAACUUUAUCUGUCAAAUAAGGAAACUGAAUUGAUAAUGUUUCGACCGAUUCGAAAUAAUAUAAUCGCUUCUUUCGUACGCCUUGAAGAACUUCUUGUAACAAAUAGAUACAGCAACGAUGAUAUGUUGAUUGUUAAUAUUCCAACUGCUGAUCAGGUGUCAGUUACAUUAAGUUCAGCUAGUCUUCUAGUAGAUGCAAACUAUUUUCAACAACUUAAAAAAUAAAAAUUUAUGAACUAAACAGUCAGUCACCCAUUUUAUUAUUUAUUUUAGGUUUUCAAUUAUAAAUGAAAAUAAAUAAAUGGAGAGUUUAUUUUACGUCUAACUUAAUAUUUUAUCUUAAAACAAUCAAUCUUCUUUAGCUUGAAGCAAUACUUUCUUAAUCUUCAGAAUCAUAUCUGCUUUUAGUUCGUCUGGUAUUUCCUUCCUAGCUUUUGGUGUAACUCUAUCGACCAGACUAUCUACAGAAAUUAAUCCAUUUGCUUUUGCUAUUUCUUCUCGACAAAGAAUACGAACUUUGUCAUCCCACCCACUUUCUUGCAGUGAUUGAACCAAAUAAUCUUUCAGUAGCAUUCGUUCACCUCGGAGAAUCGUCAUUUGUUCAGCAACACGUUUUGCAUUGACGUUAUUAUGAUCGUUAAUGUUUCUUGACAGCCUUAAAUUGAACAUCCAAAGUGGACUUCAGAAUGAUGAUCAAAAUUCGAUUUUUUUCUUUAUUCUUCACUUCAAUGGAUGAUGAGAAACAAGAAGAUAAUAAAAAAUAUGAAAGUGCCUAUGUAG